GUUGCCUUAUAUUUUCCUAAUCAGUUAUCAAAGUUAUAUAGUUAACAUUUAGUAUUUAUGUAAAUAAAGCUAGAAGUAAAAGGGAACAUGUUUAACGUAUACUGCGAUAAUCUGGUCAUUGUACACCUUCAUUUUACUCGUAAUGUUUUGAACCUAUGAAGUCUAAAGUCAAAUUGAUUAAAGAAUAAAGAUCCAAUUUAUAAUUUUUCAAGUGUCUAAACAAAGUCAAUGAAAAAUAAGAUUUGUGUUUACGUUCUAACUAGCAGUUGUAGCAAGUGGAUUCGAACAAAUUAAUGGAAAAUAUCGAAAUAUAAAACAUGCCUUUGACAGAUAUUAUUCGCCGUGCGUCAACUUAUAUCUUGGGUCCAGAAGGAAAUAGUGUGAGAAACCCGGAUUACGAGGAUAAUGAGAUGCUUUUCUGCAAGAAUAAUGUGUGCGUGCAUCCUCCAGCUAUGGUAAGACACGAGGCUCACUUGCUACACAAUCCUGGUUAUCUUACGAUUACCACAAAGGUUUUUAUCGAUCAGUAUAAUAACACUAGAAGACCUACGUUGUUUUUAACUUGGAUUCCGAAUUCGUCAAUAUCAAAAAACACAAAUUUAAUUGAAACACCUCUUAAAGAGUCAAAUAAGAGAUAUAGCCUGGAAAGUUUAACAUCUAACGAUUCUAAUAAUGAUUAUGGAGAAAGACAUACUGGUAUAGAGCUUAAGAGCACGAAUCCCUUUUUGAAUUUUGAUGAUACAGAUCGGUUAGAUAUGUCUCAUUUAAACUCCGAAGAAAGUGACAAACAGGGAAUUAGCAUACAUGUCGACAUUUCUAAUCCGGAAAUAGAAAUUAUACAAACUCCCGAUAGUGUCAAAGAUCCUACAGAGUUCUUUGAAUUCUCAAGGUCAGAAUCCAUCACAUCAACCGAAUCGAAUCGUUUGUCUACACCAGAGUACCUAAUGCAACAGCCUAAUUUAUACUUUCCUGAUAGCUUAAGCAGUUCGCCAAUACUACAACCAAAACACAUUCAUAAAUGUAGAAGGUUCAGUGUAGAUUUGAGUCAAAUGAGAUCUCUGAGAUUAUUUUUUAGUGAUAAUAACUGCACUUGUGGACAGUUAGUUAUAGCUUCAAGAGAAUCUCAAUAUAAAAUUCUUCAUUUUCAUCACGGUGGAUUAGACCAUUUGGCACAAGUAUUACAUCAGUGGCAUUCUCUACUUCACAAUAUCAAAUUAGCUAAAGGUGUAGAAGAAAACCUUCCUUAUCGCCAUUUUAUGGUAUGCAGACCAGAAGUGUCAGUACUAGAAUUGCACCCCGAAGAAGGACAAGUGCCUAAGCUCACAGAGGAGGUAUUCAGGUGUUUAUUUAAUAAAACGGGCCAGCUAGAAGAUGACCUGACGUUGAGAAAAUACAUAUUUUUUUCUGGAAUGGAACGAAGUAUUAGAAAAGAAGUUUGGCCUUUUUUGUUACACGUGUUUCCUUAUUUAAGCACGUUUGAGGAAAGGAUUCAAAUUGCUGAAAUUAGAAGACAUGAAUAUGAGGAAAUAAAUAGGCGAAGGUUGGAAUUAAGCGAAAAUAAAUUACAUCAAUUUAGAAGGAAAAUACAGAGUGUUGUUGAAGAGGAUGUGGUGCGAACUGAUAGAGGAAAUCCAUUUUUUGCCGGAGAUAAUAAUCCCAACCUGCAAAUAAUGAAAAAUAUUUUAUUGAAUUACGCAAUUUAUAAUUCGGGCUUAGGAUAUACCCAAGGAAUGAGUGAUCUAUUAGCUCCAGUUUUAUAUGAAUUGCAAGAUGAAGUUGCUGCUUUCUGGUGUUUUGUGGGAUUAAUGCAGAGAGCCGUUUUUGUUGCAACACCAACAGAUAGAGAUAUGGAUAGAAAUUUAAGAUAUUUAAGAGAGUUAAUCAGAUUAAUGGUUCCCAGAUUUUACAGUCACCUACAAAAACAUCGAGAUGCUCUAGAACUGCUUUUUUGCCACCGGUGGAUUUUAUUAUGUUUUAAAAGAGAAUUCACGGAAGGAGUAGCCAUGAGAAUGUGGGAAGCUUGUUGGGCUAAUUAUUUGACAGAUUAUUUCCAUCUUUUUUUAUGUCUUGCUAUCAUAUCGGUUUAUGCUGAUGACGUUAUUGCUCAAGAUCUUCGAUCAGAUGAAAUGCUACUACACUUUAGUUCUCUUGCAAUGUAUAUGGAUGGUCAAGUUAUUUCGAGAAAAGCAAGAGGUUUGUUACAUCAGUUCCGACAAAUGAGGGAAAUACCCUGUACUCUUGCAGGUCUUUGCACAAGAUGUGGUCCUGGAAUUUGGGAUAGUUCACACAGUCCGCGGAUAUUUUGCUUAGGACAUGAACAGCCUGGAAUGUGCAUAAAUUGAAAUAAUGGACUUACUACUGAUGUUAUUUAUUUGAUGGAUAUAAUGUUGACGAUGUUGAGAUUUUAUUAUGUGCAAUGAGUUGUUUGAAGAAAUUUUUAUGAUGGAAAAAUCAUUUGCACCCUUUCGUUGUAUAAUGAUCAAAGUGCAACUUUCUAAUAAAAUUUUAACCAAAUUAUUAACAUUUUCACGGACGAAUAAUUGAUAUAAAUAGUAUUUUCAAACAGCUCUUUUAACAACUAUUUUACUAUAGUACAAAAAUGGCGAGCACCAAAUAAAGUUUGGGUUUAAUAGAAAUAGAAAAACACGUUUCAAAAUCA